AAUAUAUGCACAAAUUUAAUACCGUGGAGCCCUUAAUACCCACCAUCUGCACCUAUAAAUUUCUUACAUAAUCAUUUGCAUUUCCUCAAUAUUUUUCUGCACCAAAUAUGAAGGGCCAAUCCAAUGGAGUCUCCACUUCCUCAAGAAGAUUGGAAGGUAAGGUUGCCGUCAUCACCGGCGGCGCCAGCGGGUUCGGCGAGGCCACGGCGAGGCUGUACCUCCGGCACGGCGCGAGAGUGGUGGUCGCCGACGUGCGCGACGACAUCGGUCAGUCCCUCUGCGAAGAGCUCGGACUUCCCGAUCAAGUCUCCUACUUCCACUGCGACGUCGCUAACGACGCCGACGUGAAAGCUCUGGUGGAGUUCGCCGUCGACAAGUACGGCGGACUGGACAUCAUGUUCAACAACGCCGGGAUCACCGGAAACCACGAUUUCUCCAUCGCCGACGCCGACAACGACAACUUCAAGCGCGUGUUCGAGGUGAACGUCUACGGCGCGUUCCUCGGCGCGAAGCACGCCGCCAGAGUGAUGAUUCCGGCGAGGAAGGGCGUCAUACUUUUCACGGCGAGUAUCGCCUCCGUCGCCUCCGGCGAGUCGCCGCACUCUUACACGACGUCGAAGCACGCGGUGGUGGGGCUGAUGAAGAACCUCUGCGUCGAGCUGGGGCAGUACGGCGUACGGACGAACUGCAUAUCGCCGUGCGCGGUGGCGACGCCGCUGCUGACGGCGGCGAUGGGCGUGGACAAGUCGGUGAUUGACGACAUCAUCUCCGCUUCCGCCACUCUGAAGGGGGUGGUUCCGACGGCGGAUGACGUGGCGGAGGCGGCGGUGUAUCUCGGCAGCGACGAAGCCAAAUUCAUCAGCGGAUUAAAUCUGGUGGUCGACGGCGGCUACAGCACGACGAAUCAGAAAUACAUUAGAGAAAUGAAACGUGUUCUCGGACCUCCGGCGCCGUCGUCGUCGUCGUCCUGACUCGGCGCCGCCAUUUUUAGUCUGAAGCUAUUUUAAUUUACAGGCAAUUAUUGAAACAGUUGGGAUUUGGCGGUGUAAUUGCAAAUCUGGUUUGUACUUAAGACAUCUUUAAGCUAUAUAUAGAUUACAAUUUAAAUAUA